AUUGGUCGAUACGAGAAUAAAAUUUCUAAGAUAUAUAUAAACCUACUAAUAUUAAAAAUUACGUGAUACCCUUACUAAAAGUAAAAAUGUUCAAGUCUUAAGAGAGUUGGCAUUCCUUACUCUACUCUCAGCUGAUCUGCAUGUUUUGCGGAUUUUGUUGAUUUUUCGUUAAGAUUCUUUCAUCUCCUGGAUAUGCGCCUAAAUUGAAUAGGAUGCAACGUAAUAGGGACUCCUCAGGCUCCCACGCUCGCAAGGGCAACCGUCCACCAGGUCUCAGAGGCAAGGAUAUCGGACUGUAUUACCGGAAUCUCGCCCGGCAGCGAAAGAAGGAACGCGGUGACGACGCCGACUCUAAAGAGGCUGAAAUCCGUUUGGGUUGCAAUGUCAGCGUUCCUGGUGGAGUCCUUGAGCGCGUAAAGGAGUUCAUAGAGGAAUACAACAGAACACCGGCUAAGGAAAACUCCGAGGUGGAUGCCCAAUUUAAGGGACAAUUUCGACAUCUUUUGAGUGUGAACUUCGAGGAGUUCGUGGCGGAGACGAAGAAAAAGAAUGAAGGCGUCGACUACGCCAGUCCCAAGCUAGACGAAAAGCUGCAGCUGGAACUGGAUCAACGCAAGCUAGAUGAGAAUGGCAAGAAACGUCUGGCAGCAACAAAACUACCCACCAUGAAAUACGCCGAGGAUAUCGUACGGGCUGUUCGGGAAAACCAAGUAAUCCUGAUUGUGGGCAGCACUGGAUGUGGCAAGACCACUCAAGUACCUCAAAUUCUCCUCGACGACGCUAUUUCCCGGGGCUGUGCCUCGUUAUGCCGCAUUGUUUGUACACAGCCACGAAGGAUUUCGGCCAUAACCAUCGCCGAAUGGGUUAGUUACGAGCGUUGCGAGAGUCUAGGCAACUCGGUGGGCUAUCAGAUUCGUCUUGAGAGUCGGAGACCCCGUGAUAGAGCUUCUAUUACAUACUGCACCACAGGAGUUUUACUGCAGCAGCUACAAUCGGAUCCACUCAUGCACAAUCUAAGUGUCUUGAUUUUGGAUGAAAUCCAUGAACGGAGCGUUGAAACGGAUCUAUUAAUGGGUCUUUUGAAGGUUAUCCUACCCCAUAGACCAGAACUGAAAGUAAUCCUUAUGAGUGCGACUGUGAGAGAGCAGGAUUUCUGUGAUUAUUUCAACAACUGUCCCAUGUUCCGCAUCGAAGGCGUGAUGUUUCCCGUCCAAAUGCUCUAUCUGGAAGAUGUUCUGGCUAAGACGAAUUACGAGUUCCAGAAGUCCCGCGAUCGUCGGCCCAAGCGGGAUCGUCCUGAGCGCCGGAUGAUGCAUGAGGCGAUGAUAGAACCUUAUUUACGGCGCAUCAGAAACUCGUACGACAGCCGUGUGCUGGAGAAGUUGCGCCUUCCGGAAUCGGAGGGCUGUGAGGACAUUGAUUUUAUAGCCGAUCUGGUUUACUAUAUAUGUGAAAAUGAGCCGGAAGGUGCCAUUUUAGUCUUCCUGCCGGGCUAUGAUAAAAUCUCGCAGCUGUACAGUCUUCUGGACAAACCAAAAUCUCCAAAAGGUCAAAGAUGGCGGGAGCACAUAGCUGUCUUUCCUUUACAUUCCCUAAUGCAAUCAGCGGAACAGCAGGCUGUUUUCCGGCGUCCACCGGCGGGGAAACGCAAGGUGAUUAUCUCCACAAUUAUUGCCGAGACCUCAGUGACUAUUGACGAUGUGGUUUAUGUCGUCAACUCUGGUCGCACGAAAGCCACCAACUAUGACAUCGAGACGAAUAUACAGACACUGGAGGAGGUGUGGGUGACCAAGGCAAAUACGCAGCAGAGGAAAGGCAGAGCAGGUCGUGUCCGGCCAGGAAUAUGUUACAAUCUAUUCAGCCGUGCUAGGGAAGAUAUAAUGGCGGAUAUUCCAACACCAGAGAUACUUCGCUCCAAGCUGGAAUCUAUAAUUUUAAGCUUGAAGCUGCUCCAUAUCGAUGAUCCGUAUCGGUUCUUGCAAACCCUGAUUAAUGCCCCCAAUCCCGAGGCCAUCAAGAUUGGUGUAGAACUACUGAAGCGCAUUGAAGCUCUGGACAAGAUGGGCACCCUCACUCCGCUGGGCAUGCAUCUUGCCAAACUGCCCAUCGAUCCGCAGAUGGGAAAGAUGAUACUGAUGUCGGCUCUCUUUUGUUGCUUGGAUCCCAUUACCUCAGCGGCGGCUGCUUUGUCGUUUAAGUCGCCAUUCUACUCGCCGUUGGGUCAAGAGAGUCGAGUGGACGAGAUCAAGCGGAGAAUGGCUCGAAAUAUGCGAAGUGAUCACCUCCUAGUGCACAACACCAUUAAUGCUUACCGGGAAAAUCGCCAGGCGCAUACGGAACGCGACUUUUGCUACAAGAAUUUCCUUAGCUCUAUGACACUGCAGCAGCUGGAGAGGAUGAAAAAUCAGUUCAGCGAGCUGCUCUACAACUACAAGUUUCUUACCUCCUCGAACUGCAAAGAUACCAUAUCCAACAAGAAUUCUGAGAAGAUUCCUUUGCUGAGAGCCAUUAUAGGAGCGGGUCUUUAUCCUAACAUGGCACACUUGAGAAAAUCAAGACAGCUCAAAAAUCGAGUGCGUGCUAUUCACACGAUGGCAACGGACGAUGGACGCCGCGUAAACUUCCAUCCUUCCUCAGUGAAUAGCGGCGAAAGUGGCUUCGAUUCGGCCUACUUUGUCUAUUUCCAGCGGCAAAAGUCAACCGAUCUUUUCCUCCUUGACUCCACAAUGGUUUUCCCAAUGGCUUUGAUCAUUUUUGGCGACGGCGUGGAAGCGGGAGUGACCCAAAAUACGCAUUAUUUAUGCGUGGCCAAAACUUAUUACUUCAAAUGCAAUCAAGAAACUGCCGAUGUAGUCCUGGAAUUACGUAGCAAUCUCGAGAAAUUGCUGCUGAAAAAGGCUUUGUAUCCGGCGCCCAUCGAGGAAAACGGAUAUGAAAAACAGUUGAUCAAAGCCAUCGAGUUGCUUCUAUCGCUAGACGAAAGACUGGGCGAGGACUGUAUUUCCUCCGAUGAAAUAGAUGACAUCUAAUCUGCCUCAAUAUCCUGAUGUUUUAGUUUAUUGUUCAGCUCACUAAAGGAAUUCUUUUAGCAAAACAUUGUUAAAAAAUAAAUUAUAAGUGCAAACU